AUGGAUGGGACCGGAAAAUCCUCCUCAGCGAAUUUUACCAUCUCCACCCGGAACUCUGGAGGUAUCUUGAAACUGAAAUUCGAUGUGGAGAAUUAUAUUUGGAUGGAAUGUUUGGGAGGGCGGGAAGAAAUGGAUUUACAAUACCCGCAACUAGCUCGCAUCGGGUCGAGCGAAAGUGUAUUGGAAUUCUACCAACACAUUCGUGAAACCGUGAUUUCGCUCUUCCAAUAUGACAUCAGCGAAGACGGUGCCAUCGUCGCAUUUGCGCACGCCAAUGCAAGCAGACCGCGAGAUGCGACAAACGAAUUCCAUCCCAACUUUUGGCUGCCACACGUCCGACUGUACCGAACUGUUCCACGAGAGGGCAAGGAACUGGUGAAAGGGAAAAUGAUUAUGUAUAUCAACACCUAUCACAAUCAUCCUAUUAUGUUGGACGUCAAACGCUCCCUUAGAAUGUUCUAA